AUGGGGCAUAGUACUUCGUCCUUGGAGAGCAACUUGGAGGGCCUAGCUGGUGUUCUGGAAGCUGAUCUACCAAACUACAAAAGCAAGAUACUAAGAAUUCUGUGUACUGUCGCACGUCUAUUACCAGAAAAGCUUACUGUUUACACAACACUAGUUGGGUUACUGAAUGCCAGGAACUACAACUUUGGUGGAGAAUUUGUAGAAGCCAUGAUACGUCAGCUUAAAGAAUGUCUGAAAGUCAAUAUGUAUAAUGAAGCUGUGUAUUUAGUUCGUUUUCUAUCUGAUCUUGUGAACUGUCAUGUAAUAGCUGCACCUUCAAUGGUAGCUAUGUUUGAGAACUUUGUGAGUGUGACACAGGAGGAAGACGUACCCCAAGUGCGAUGUGACUGGUAUAUGUUUGCGUUUCUGUCAUCUUUGCCUUGGGUUGGAAAGGAAUUAUAUGAGAAAAAGGAUGCCGAAAUGGAUCGCCUCUUGUCUCAGACAGAAAGCUAUCUAAAGCGCCGCCAGAAGAUUCAUGUACCCAUGUUACAAGUUUGGACUGCCGAUAAACCUCAUCCACAGGAAGAAUAUUUAGACUGCCUUUGGUCUCAGAUUCAGAAGUUGAAAAAAGACCGUUGGCAAGAACGACACAUUCUGAGGCCCUACCUGGCUUUUGACAGCAUUCUUUGUGAAGCAUUGCAACACAAUCUGCCUCCGUUCACUCCUCCACCUCACACUGAGGACUCAGUGUACCCAAUGCCAAGGGUUAUUUUUAGGAUGUUUGACUACACAGAUGAUCCUGAGGGCCCUGUCAUGCCUGGCAGUCACUCUGUUGAACGAUUUGUGAUAGAAGAAAACCUUCACUGCAUCAUCAAAUCGCACUGGAAAGAGAGAAAGACUUGUGCUGCACAGCUGUUGAGCUAUCCAGGAAAUAACAAGAUCCCCUUGAAUUACCACAUAGUAGAGGUAAUAUUUGCAGAAUUGUUUCAGCUUCCAUCUCCACCACAUAUUGAGGUCAUGUACACAACACUCCUCAUUGAACUGUGCAAACUUCAGCCUGGCUCUUUACCACAAGUUCUUGCACAAGCCACAGAAAUGCUCUACAUGCGUUUGGAUACAAUGAAUACAACCUGUAUAGACAGGUUUAUUAACUGGUUUUCUCACCACUUGAGUAACUUUCAGUUCCGUUGGAGCUGGGAAGACUGGUCAGAUUGUCUUACUCAGGACCUUGAAAAGCCCAAACCCAAAUUUGUGAGAGAGGUUUUAGAAAAAUGCAUGCGGCUCUCCUACCAUCAGCGAAUAGUAGACAUUGUUCCUGCAACCUUUUCUGUACUCAGUCCUGCAAAUCCAGUGUGCAUUUACAAAUAUGGAGAUGAAAGCAAUAGGUCUCUUCCUGGAUAUACUGUAGCCCUCUGUUUAACGAUUGCAAUUAAAAAUAAGGCUAGUAAUGAUGAAAUCUUCAGCAUUUUAAAAGAUGUGCCUAAUCCAAACCAAGAUGACGAUGAUGAUGAAGGAUUUACCUUUAACCCUCUGAAAAUAGAAGUUUUUGUUCAGACUCUGCUUCAUCUUGCUGCAAAGUCUUUCAGCCACUCCUUCAGUGCCCUAGCCAAGUUUCAUGAGGUCUUCAAAACACUUGCUGAAAGUGAUGAGGGGAAACUCCAUGUCCUGAGGGUUGUAUAUGAGGUUUGGAAGAAUCAUCCACAGAUGAUUGCUGUGCUAGUGGACAAAAUGAUUCGGACGCAAAUCGUUGAUUGUGCUGCAGUGGCAAACUGGAUCUUUUCUUCAGAGCUUGCACAUGAUUUUACUAGGUUUUAUAUUUGGGAAAUCUUACAUUCCACAAUUCGUAAAAUGAACAAGCACGUUCUGAAGAUUCACAAAGAGCUGGAGGAGACUAAGGCAAGAUUGGCACGGCAGCACAAAAGACGAGACAGUGAUGAUGACGACGACGAUGACGACCGAAGCAGUGAUCGGGAAGAUGGACCUCUAGAAGAGCAGAUAGAGCGCUUGCAGGAGAAAGUUGAGUCAGCCCAGAGCGAGCAGAAGAAUCUCUUUCUUGUUAUAUUCCAGCGUUUCAUUAUGUUGUUAACUGAGCACUUAGUGCGUUGUGAAACUGGUGGAAUUGACGUGUUUACCCCUUGGUACAAGAGCUGUAUAGAGAGGUUGCAGCAAAUCUUUCUACAGGUAAGUUUCACUUCUCUCUUUGGAAGGCUGUGCGCCUGGGUUGGAUAGAAAAGCUUUUGUGACUUGAGAGCUGCGCACUUCCCUGAGAAUAGCAAUGGAUGGCAGCACUAGGUCUUCUCAGAGGGCUAGCAUAGUGGUUAGGCAUACCUCUCAGGCCCUGUCCAUGUCUCUGCUGUGGACUUGUAGAGUGACCGGUCCUCAGUUACUUCCCAGGCUAUGAAUAUCUAGCAAGAAGAUACUGAGAUGCCUUUAUGAACUUAGUUGAGCUCCACUUAACUACGUGGUAUAGUACAGGGGAGGUCUCGAGCGAACAAGAACGCUAAAAUAGAUGUCUCUUAAACGAGUGGCAAAAAAUGGUGUAAAAUUCCUUUUAAUAAGAUACAUAAAAAGGUAUUAACAUUUAUUUUGGAGUUCUUCACUUUGUAGUAAACCUGGUAACAAGCACAGGUGACUGACUGACUGAAAGUGAUAGAAAAAUAGACCGUUAUACCUGUGUGAACAGAAGUUAUAUUGAAGGAUGGCAGACUGCAUGGGAGUGGUGGUGUAAUGAUUGCCUGGGGUAAGCUCUUCCUUGGUCAUAGAUGUGACUUUAAAGCCAGUAGCAUGAGUUUCCUGUGCUCUCUGUGCAAUUACCUCUGUGCCUGGCAUCCUGCACACAGUUCACGGUCAGGAGUGAGCAAGUACAGGGAGCACAGUGCUCCUCGAAACAGGGUUUCAACACACACUUCCUUCCAAUUGGUAGUGGCUCAGGAUCAUGUUGUUUUUGUCACGGGCCGACGUGUUGUGGAAGUGAGAUGUGCUUGUCAGUUUUGGUGAGAACAUUUGACCUGUGAUACUUACGUGUCUUG